AUGGCAUUCAAGCAAAAUUUAGUUCAAAAAUUAUUCAAUAUGUAUUCCAACAAAUUAUUCUCAAACCAAACAUUAAGAAGCUGCCUUAUUUCUUCUUCUUCAUCAUCUUCUGUUCCAUCCGUAAUACCACCAUCAAACCCUGAAAAACUUGCCCAUGAUCCGGGCGAAAAUUCGAUUUUUCGAAGAUUUCUUCAACGUCGUCCUCUGUACCUGUCUAGAACAGAGUCACCAUUGCCACAGAUUCUUCGCCCUGGUGGCGAGAAGCUGUUGGAGACGCUUAACGAAAUGGACAUUGCUAGAAACCGUAUCCGUCUUGAAAUGGAGCCCCAAUUUACGGUCGCUGAUGCUAAAAAGAUCCUAAAGAUAUCCCAAUUGGAGACAGUGAAAUUGAAGUUAAAAAGUAGUCAGAAAAACCAUGUUUCUUAUGAUGAGUUUGUUCAGAUUUGUGUUGAUGGAUGUGGUAAUAAUCGAGAUCAAGGUGUUGAUGUUGCGAAUGUUUUAGAUAAUUCGGGUUUCGUUAUCGUUCUUGGAAAUGUCGUUUUCCUCAAACCUAAACAGGUAGUGAAAGCCAUCAAUGGACUAAUGCCUAGAGAAGAUUUUCCUAUGAAGGAAUUAGAAGGUAUGGAGCGUUGGAAAUCGGAAAUCGAUAACAAAGCAGAGAAAAUGGUUCGACGCGAGCUUUGGGGCGGAUUGGGGUACCUUGUGGUUCAAACCGCGGCUUUCAUGAGGCUAACAUUUUGGGAAUUAUCAUGGGACGUUAUGGAGCCGAUUUGUUUCUAUGUGACAUCAAUGUAUUUCAUGUUAGGAUACGCGUAUUUCUUAAGAACGUCGAGAGAGCCUUCGUUUGAAGCGGUUUUCAAGAGUCGAUUUCAUGUGAAGCAAAUGAAGUUGAUGAAAAUGGAAGGGUUUGAUGUUAAAAUAUACAAUGAGUUGAAGAGGAGGAUGGAAGGUUCUUCUUUGGAAGAAGUUUAUGAUGAUGGGACAAUUAAUUGAUUAAUUAGUUAAUGAAUCUAUAAUUUGAUCUUCAAGGAUCAUAAUUAAGUUUCUAAACAAAUUUUUGUUUUAUAGACCCUUGUUUGCUAUUUGAAAAACGGGGUUGAUGUAAAUAAAUGGUCAGAGUUAGAUUUUAUUUGGUGAAAUCUAUUGAAAUACUAAAAAGAUUAAGGGGAUGCCUGGUUGGGGGUUUUGGGGGUAAGGAAAGGGAAAGGUAAUGAAUAAAGGUGCUUGUUUGUACAAAGGAAGGGUAUUGAAUGCAUGAAAAUGGGUAAUGAAGCAUUAUACAGUAAAUUGGGGGAUAAGGUAAUCAAUUCUCCCCAUCUCUUUUUCUUCCCCUUCUCCUUUCUCUGCCGCUUCAUGUUUUUUUGUAUAUUUUGUUAUAUAUAAUUAUUAAA